UCCACAGUCCUUCCUGGAAGGGCUACUGUAAACACCUCAGACCUUUCUAUUGCAUCCAUAUGAAUAAGACUUACUCAUCUGCAAGCUUACGUUUCUCUAUGAUUAAGGAAAAAUAAAAUGUCUUGUGUGCAGAAUGUAACUCAGUUCGUCCUCUUCAUUUCGCUGCUAGCUGGAUUUUCUAGCAGUGUCUAUCUUAAAAUUUCUUGCACAAAACCUGAUGUGGUUUGGAGUGGAGACUCUGUGACUGUGAGAUGUAAUAUUACACAUCAUGUGGCUACUCUUAAAGUAACAUUUAACAACACCAACUUUACCUUUACCCGUGCAAACAAUUCCAGUGGAGCGAUGUCUGUAGGGUUCACUGAUCACGAGGUGGCACUGACAAUAAACAAUGUCAGCUUGUAUAAUGAAGGUGAAUACAGUCUAUUUUUGAGUGGCAAAAAUGGAUACCAAGAUCACACAUUUUAUUUGACUGUUGGUAAUGUUACAAUCUAUGAGAAAGAAAGCGAGUUGAUCUGUACAGUAUACAGCUCCCAACCUGUGAAAAUAGAAUGGCCUGGUACAAAUGUGUCAAAUAAUCCCAACAAUGCUAUGAUUCUCCCAACAAAAAGAGUUUACAUGAUAAACAGUACGAUAAGGUUAUCUGACGUAGAGAAGAAUAAUACUGUCUGCUGCUCUGCAAACAAUGAUAUAAAUUUCAAGGAAAAGUGCCUCAACAUUUCCAAAGAUGUUCUUGGGAUGUUAUCAACUUCUGAGAAAAUUAAGGAAGAUAACAAUAAAGUAGCAAUAGUCACCCCAAUAGUCCUUGGGGUGUUGGUUGUUGUGGGUCUGGUUUUGGUGUACAAGUAUCUACUAAUGAGGCGCAAGAAAAAUCCAACAACAAGAGGUAAAGGGAGAUAGUUAUCAGCAUUUCCUUUGUUAUAUAAUCUAUCUGUCCACCCACGACCAUUCC